GUCGGUUAAAACUUAAACGGCAAAGCUUUGGUCUGCAAUGUCAACACCCCGCCCCUUCCGCAGUCCCGCCACCGCCUAAGUGACAUCUCGACAAAGCAAAAAUGUCGGGAAUGAUUUUUACGGUGGCGUUGGACGGGAGCGGAGAUUUUCUCACGGUGCAGGAUGCUAUAGACGUCGUUCCUCUUGGAAACACAUGCCGCACUGUGAUUCGCGUGGCUCCUGGCAUUUACAGGCAGCCAUUAUACAUCCCCAAGACCAAAAACUUCAUAACCCUAGCCGGUCUCCGCCCAGAAGACACCGUUCUUUCCUGGAAUAACACAGCCAUUAACAUCGAUCACCACCAGCCGUCGAGGGUAAUUGGAACUGGCACAUUUGGGUGUGGGAGCACAAUUGUGGAAGGAGAAGAUUUUAUUGCUGAGAAUAUCACUUUUGAAAACUUUGCUCCUGAGGGAUCAGGACAGGCAGUGGCAAUCAGAGUGACUGCGGAUAGAUGUGCUUUUUAUAACUGCAGAUUUCUUGGUUGGCAGGAUACUUUGUAUCUACAUUACGGGAAGCAAUAUCUAAAAGAUUGUUACAUCGAAGGCAGCGUGGACUUCAUUUUUGGUAAUAGCACUGCAUUAUUGGAGCAUUGUCACAUCCAUUGCAAAUCAGCUGGUUACAUUACUGCACAGAGUAGAAAAUCUUCCCAAGAGACAACUGGUUAUGUAUUCUUAAGGUGUGUUAUCACUGGUAAUGGAGGGACAUUUUAUACACAUCUUGGGCGGCCAUGGGGACCUUUUGGGAGGGUUGUUUUUGCACACACCUACAUGGAUCACUGUGUUAAAGAAGUUGGUUGGAAUAAUUGGGGCAAAACUGAAAAUGAGAGAACUGCUUGCUUUUAUGAGUACAGAUGUUUUGGGCCUGGUAGUUGCCAAGGAAAGCGUGCAACAUGGGCCAGAGAAUUGAUGGAUGAAGAGGCAGAAGAAUUUUUGCUGCAUGGAUUCAUAGAUCCAGAUCUUGAUAGGCCUUGGUUGGCUCGGAGAAUGGGCUUGUGUGUACCACAUUCAGCGUGACCCCUCGUGUUUAAAGAAAGGUUACGAAGUGUUAAAACUCUGUUCGCUCGAUUGUACGCUUCCUGUUGUUUUGAAGUUGGUUCUCUCUUUCAUUUCUUUUUGUAUGCUAUGUAUAUUGUGUUGCUUGACUUGCUUCCCCUUCGUCCUAAAGAUAAAUCUUGUAAUAUUUCAUUUCAAGUGCAAUCAAAAAAAUUGGAAGUUAUGUUUGUAUGUGUAAUGAGUUGCAUAAUCCAUCACGAGUUACCAAAUCA